GCGGGGCCCAGGCACGAGCGGUCUGUGACUUCCGCAGUUAGGCCGCGUCGUGCUAUCGAUUGUGAGUUGCACUGCGCAAAAGCAGGUAGAAGUCACCGACCCCAUUCGCGGCCCGAGCGAUUCCAAAGCAAGAUCCAGAAAACGUUGGAAUUUUUUGAUUAGCGGACAAGCCAUUUCUCAAUGAAAAAGGAGCAAGAUGAAAGGCGGUCGUUUUUCUGUCCAGUUCCGAAGAACUGGAAGGAACUUCCAUGCCCUUCUGCAGGCUUCCAAGCGGUGACUCAACUGUGUCCGAGAACCUACGGGGAUAGACUCGGACGAACCGGAAAUGGCGUUCCUCGUCCACCAUCCAAGAAAGAUGGCACGAGACACAGGCUGAAGUGGGAACGACUCUACGCCGUCGAUAUACAGUACAUAAACGCCCCCACCACACCUGACAACCAGCAUUACCACUCUCAGCACCAGCUUUACUCAACAAUACGAGGAGUUAACAGUGAUAUGGCAGGGAUGGGAGCGGGGACGGGCAUGCGCGAUAUGGCAGGUGGCGGAGGCGGCAUAGGAGCGGUUGCUGGAUCUGGAGUUGAGCAAAGCAACCUGUGGGCACGGGACAGGACGGAGCAAGUAUUGGAAGCAGCAACGGCAACUGAGAUACUCGAAUGCGCCCGGGUGCUCGCAGAAGAUCUGGAAAACGACGACUGGAUGCAUGCAAAGAAAAGGACAUCUUGGACACCUGCUUUGCUGAAGCCUCAUUCAAGACUGACUUCUCGGCACGGCUCGGGGCCCGGAAUCGGAGGGAGGGAAAGAACGGUAUCAAUUGGAAAUGAGAUCAAAGCAUGGUUGAGGAAGAAUCCCAAGGUCGGGGUUGGCUGUGGCGAGGAGGAUAAAUAAUGUCGAAUGAAGAAAGGUUUUGGAGCAUGCAUUUUUUGGAGGGGGCGGACCUUUGGGAUUGCGUUCACACGUAGCGAAAGAGUACGACGGCUCGUAC